CGAUCCAAACGUGGGGAGAGCUCGCCCUCGCCGAGCCCAACCGCCUCCUCCUCCUCCGCGGUUAUAUAACCCGGCGCCCCCCGCGCUGCCCCCACCAGACGGCCAAGUCCGGAAGCAAACUCGUUCCGUUGUUGGUGUCGCCGCUCGUUUUCUUGGCGUCGGCAUGGCCGUUGGGGGAGGCGUUCGUGUGCCCUCGCCGCCGUCGUCGUCGGUGGAGGUGUGGGGGAGGAGGACUGGGGGGCCGCGGCGGCGCGGCGCGGCGACGAUAAGGUGCAGCUGCGUGGGCGAGGCGGCCGGGGGCGUGGCCGAGGAGCACUACCGAACGCUGAGGCUCCGGCCGGGGGCCACCAGGGCCGAGGUCAAGAAGGCCUUCCGACGCCUCGCGCUCACGUAUCAUCCAGACGUUUGCAAGGAGGGCGACGGCGACAGCGGCGUGCAUUUCCAGAGGAUCAACGUUGCGUAUCAGAUGCUGAUGAGCAACAUGAGGGAGGCCGAGGAGAGGCUCGAGUAUUGGCGGCUGAAGUACGGCCUCACCGACGAAGAUCUGGACAAGUACAGGUACUACCUCAAUGACGACGACGACGAUUGGUUCGACAUGUGAAGAAGCCACCCGAUCGAUCGACAAGGAUAUAUACAACUCAUUGAUCCCCCAUUCAAGUUAGCGUCGAUUAAUUCUUGCUGCCAUGAUAGAAGGCGGCACUGUAAUUUGUUAAUUUGCAUGUGCAUACUGCAGCGCUGUAUACUUCUCCCCUGUUUUACUGUGGGGAAAAGGGGUACAGACAGACUAAAGUGUACUGACGUUUGUGCUUAAAAGACACAUUCUUCUGUAUAUACAAAAGUUUUAUUACCA